AUGGCGACAAGACAGUCGCGAAUUAUUUUCUUUGACAUAAACAAUUAAAAAUUCGCCCAAAAUAUCACUUAUGGAUCCUUAUAUGUAACUGUAUAAUUUCAACAUGGAUGCAGAAGAUAUUCAAGGUCACCAGAUCGAUGAAAAUGAAGUCAACCGAAGGACAGAACUAAUAACAAAUGCGGCUGAAAAGUAUUUGAACGGUGAAGUCGCGGAGUCGGACAACACCGCAACAGUGGACACGGUGAUGACGCAGCAAUUGCUGACUACAACUCCUCUGGACAUGGGGCUUCAGAUGCACAACAUCAACACCAACGUCUCGCAAGAACGGAAGAAGCGAGAUUCGCACAAUGAGAUUGAGCGGCGACGGAAGUGCAAGAUUAACAUUGGCAUUAUCAAGCUGGGGGAUAUCAUCCCAAUAUGCCAGACCACCAAAAUGAGCAAGAAUCAGAUCCUGGAGCAGGCUUGCUUGUAUAUUGAUGAACUCCGCGAGAAGAGUGAAAAGUUGCUGCUUGCAAAUACCUCAGACCCUGAAGCUGCUGAAGAGAUCAAGAAGCUCAGGAAGGAAAAUGAGAAGCUGCGGGCAGAAAACAAACGCUAUCAAGAGAUCAUCCAAGACAUGGAGGCGCAUCCCAAUGGGACUGUGGACCAGCCCAAGUCUACCUCCCGUCCCUCCCGCAAGGCUGACAGCAGCUCGUCGUCGGUCAGCAGCAAGGUGGCCACAAUGCAGACCAAGCCUCACAUCACUUACCUGCCAGGAGGUCCUAAUCAGGUGACCGUUGCCGUCCAGGGGGUGAAUCAGAUGCAGACUCCAGUUGUGGGAGGAGGACCCACCACACUAGUUGGCAAUAUCCAGGGCACCCAGGGAGGCAUGGCCAUCCUCCAGCCCAACCCCAACGGUGCAGGUUACAUCCUGGUUCCUGCCGUCAGUAAAUACCAGAGCACUACCAAUCAGACAUCAGUGGUUGUGACCAUGUCCGGAAACCAGCAAACCACUCCUGCUGGAGUGGUGCUGACAAAUCAACCAGCAGUGCCACAGUCUCUAGCAGGGAAUCAAGUCACGGUCGACGCUAACGCCGCCACGUCCCAGACACAGAUCACAACUGGACAGCAGCAAACAGUAAACCAACCCAGCACCCAACUCAGCUCCAGCAUCUCUGACACACCUACAGCGCAUAGCACAGUGGUCACCCAAGCUGUGAACACGCCCAUCACGACACCGGGAAACCAGAGCACUGUGGUGCUACAGGGGGGUAAUGCACAAGCCCCAGGCCAGUUACAGACUUUGCGUUACAUUGUUCCCCUUGUGCCUGGGGCUGGACAGGCCAGCACCUCCCAAACAGCCAAUCAGGCAAUUAUGCUAACUCUUCCUGUUCGCCAGGGCCAGAAUCUACCAGUUCGUAUUGCCCCAUCCUCAGCCGCACCAGCCACUCGAUCCUCCCAACCAAUGAUCUUGCCCCAGCCUGCCUCUGGUGGUAGCAGUGUCAAUGCUCAGAUCAUGCAAGGGGUUGAAAGCACCCCCAAAUCAAAGAAGAAAUCCUCCUCAAAGGCAAAGAACAUUUCUGAAACUGAAUCUGAGACAUCUAGGACAGGCUCACCAUCAGUCAGCCAAGCAGGUGCACAGCAGCAGAUGAAUGUAGCAACGCCACCCCCUGGCGGGGUUACUGUCCGUCUACCAGUUGCUGGAGGGGGUCCUGAUCAAGGGAAUGUUAUCGUCAACCAACAAGGCCAGCAGAUUAUGAUACAGAAGCCAAACCAAGGGUCACCCCAGAACCUAGUUAUGCCAAUGCAGGUCAGUCGACCAGUCAUGACGCAGAACUUGGUCUACAUCCAGCAAAACGGUCAACUGAUUCCAGUCAUCCUGCAGCAGCAGAGCAACCCAGCAGCUGCGCCAUCAGGAGCCCAGACUGUGAUGCAGCCACUGCAGCCCCAACAGCAACAACCACAAGGGGUUAAUCCAAACUUUGUAACUCUCCCCCUGAGUCAGGGAAACAGAGUCUUGCAAGCCAACACUGCUGGGCAGAUCAUCAUGUCUGGGCCUGGCGUCCAAAAUGCUGUGUCCAUCAAUACGCAGCAGGGUACCACAGCCAAUCAGUCUGGAGUCAGCUUCACUCAGCCCCAGGCAACCCCAAGCAACCUUCAGGCUGGUCAGGGAGAGGGAACUUCUCAGCAGGGUGUCGUUCUUGCCAGCCAAGAUCUCCUGAUACCGAAAGAAGAGCCCCAAUCCAUCCAGGAUGGAAAGGAAUUAAGUGGGCUGAACCCGUCUGGAGAUUCCAGCAUGCUGGCCCCUCUCAACGUUCUCACCUCUGGCCAGGAGUCCUCAGACCGCAGCCAAGAGGAGUUAGGAGACUACAGCAAUGAUCGAGACAAUGACAUCCUGGCCAAAGCAGCUGAGUCCAUCUUCUCUCCCAACUCCAUGAGCGAGAAUUCGCCCGUGAUGAAUUUUGGUGAAAUGCCCGCAUCAGGAUCGGAUAUCAAACCCAGUGUUGCUGCCCAGCAAACCAUUGGUGUUGGAGGUAUUGUGACCCUACAGUCAGGUAUCCAACUUGGCCGAGACUUCACUGCACCACUUCAGGGGGUAGUACCCUCAGCUGAAGAAGCCAUGGACACAUCCAGUCAUCGUCACGAGAAACACAAGUCUAAGAAGAAAAAGAAAAAGAAAAACAAGGAGAAAGACAAAGAUAAGGAUAAAGAAAAGAAGAAACACCACCACCAUCAUCACAGCCACUCAAAAAGUGCCACUUCAACAGAGGAGGCUGCACCAGCAAAGUCUGAUGUAUCUAUGGAAGGCUCUCCUAUUGAGAGAGCUAACAUGAUAGCCGAGUCUCUGCUGCAAAGCUGGAUGGAGAAACCAGACGGUAGUGAUGACAAGGAAACUGAUGCCCAUGCCUCAGCAGCUCUUUCAUCCAGCUUCUCAACAGAGGCACUUAUUGCUGGAAGCGCAAAUGAACUCCCCAGCGUUUCUGUGGCCAGUAGUAGUUCCGUGUGUGGUUCAACGGAAUCCACCCCAACUAAUUCCAGUAAUGCAUUCACCACUUUUCCCUCCUUCAACUUUGGCAGCGAUAUCUUGAGCAGCUCAAUGAGUGUAAGUGGGCUGCCAACCUACAUUGAGGAUGAGACUGAUUUCUCCAAGAACGAAAGUGAUGUCGGCUCCCUGAAGGCCCUCAACAGUCUGCAGGAUUCCAUCUCCUCACUCAGCACUGGACAGCCAGUGGCAACAUCCCAACAUGGGAUAGACUCCGCCCCAAAUCUUGCACCAGAGCAGACAAUAGCAUCCUCUACCAGCACCCAGCCAGGCAUUGUCAGUGAUGUCCCGGUUGUGACAUCAGCCCCAGGUUUUAUGCUAGACUCACCAACGGUCAGUCAGGCAUCUGUUGCAACUUCAGACAGUAGUGGUCCAGGGUUCAUAUCUCCAAUCCCAAGUAUAUUCUCCAUCAAUACAUCCAUGCCUGAAAAUGGCAUUCAGAAGCCUGAAUCACGCACAGCAACCCCUGUCAUUAACGAGAGUGAGCAGGAUCCAAUCACAACUCAGGUAGCACACCAGUCAGGGUGGAUAUCUCAUCAUUCAAAGGCAUCGGAGCUUGCCAGGGGUCUCCAACCUGUCAGGUCCCAAAGUCAGCCACCCUCCACCUCUGGCUCUGCAGCCAUCCAGCUGCCUGGCCAAUCUCAAGCCUCAGAUGCAUCAUUUAACCAACCUGCUAGCUCAGGAUUGUUUUCCCCAGUGUGGUUGAGCCCGUCAUCCAACAUAGGCAGUAAACCCACCUCCACACCUCAAACACCCAGUCAAGAAUCCCCACCUCUGAACUUCAAUCGAGAAAUUUCUGAUUCUGGUUCUUUUCCAACUAGUGAGGCAAUGCAGAAUAUCACUGAGCCCACUUCAAGCAUGCCCCAAGAUCAACCUCCACUAGUGGAUUUGAACAAAACCAUUUUGCCUAGACAUGAUGGCCUGCGUGGCUUGCAGGAUCCAUCAAGCAGCGUCAGCCAGAGCCCUCAGCGUCCUUCCAUCUUGGAUGUACAUGUAACACCGGCAACAAGUGGUAUAGGUAGUUUGGAGUCACCACAAUCCGGUGGGAGUAUGGCCUGGCAUCCAAGUGCCAUGGACAGAAGACACAGGGUAGAUAGCCCAGGAGGACUGGGCAGCAGGACCCCUGACUUUCAAAAUCCUUUGCAGGCUGAAAGUCGAAUGACGCCUGAUAUCCAGGGAUCUUCUCAGAAUCUUCUCCAGGAUGCACUGGACCAUGGAAGAACUAAGACAUUACCCAAUAUGGGAGCUGAUGUGGGCAGCAGUCAGAGCAGAGAAGAACCUCUUGAGAACAUUGGACUUCAGAGCCUCAUGUCAUUAGCUGAAAGCACAGCCAGAACCAGUAUUGAAUCCUCCAAUUCAAUGUCUGUCCCUCUUAACACAUCAUCGGGAAAAUCUGUGGAUUCCACAGGGAAGAAGAACCAAACUGGGAAGACGUUUUCCAUCAAGACUCUGCACCGCACGCUUACCUCUGAGAUCACUGAGUCACCAAAGAGACCCACAAGCCCUACCCCCUCUGUUGAGCCACCAUCAAAACUCAAGACAGCUGAAAAGACGAUCCCUCCCCUGAAGAUAAAGAUUCCCAAGAGCAAGCGACGAUCAAGUUGCCAGAAGGAGCAGUCUGAACGGCUUCCAGACAGCAGUGAUACAGGAAAAGGGGCUAAAGUGGUGAGCACCUCCGAUAUGGAUCAAAUUGGCAAACGGGAAUUGAAUCCCAAUUUAAUUGACAAGUAUCCAUGGUUAGCCGAGGGGGAUGGGGACAGUGAGAGCAGUCGGGCCUCAUCAGCGAGUGACACCAAUCAAUCCAGGGAAAAGCAUUCCUUUAGCGUCCAGAAUAUCUCCCAGAGCUCCCAGCGCAGUGGUCGCAAGGAUUCUGGUCUUGUAAUGACGUUCCAGCGAAGAGACAGCAGGCAGGUUGUAAAAGAAAAACCUCAGACAACAGCUGAUAGUAGCCUCCCUACAACUGUCUCAUCCUCGCCAUCUGUUGCACAGGUACACUCAUUGUGGAAUCCAUCCAAUAAUGAAGGCUACAGUCGAACAACUACCUCCAAGCCAGAUAGCUCCAACAUGCCCUCCAUGUAUUCCUCACACGUCAGUGACACCACGGCUGUAAGUCGGCCAGCUAGUAACUUAAGUUCCUCACUACCAGUUCAGCAUAGCCCUCAAGUGGACAGUCAAACCACUGACUUAUCGCCCUUCUCAGUACCCAUCAACAGAGAUCCCAACCCUGUUGGAAUGGAGAAACUUAAGCCCAAGAAGCCCAGUCGUAGAGGAUCCAACAGCUCUAGCCACUCUGUACGUAGUAGCUCAGAGCCUGAUUGCUCCCCUAUGCAGCCUUGUAUCAGCGAUCACACCUCUCCCUCAGGCUUCCAUGACCUCCAAGGUCAUGGCAUGCCAUCUGAUCCACAACAGACUCAGUCCACCCAGCCGAGCAACAUGAGGAACCCACGACAGUCGCCAGUGGUCAAUCUUUCCCAUCAGCAGCAGCCCCAGCAACAACAGCAGCAGGGCAGCAACAUGCACGACAAGCGCUACACCUUCCAACAGAACCAAGGCCAGAUGUUCCUCCACCACGAGGACACCCACUCGGGAUCCACCCAGGCAUCCAACUCCUUCCAGAACUUUCUGCAACCCGCCCGAGGUUCGGAUUUCCUCAGCCAGUCAUCAGACCCCAGUGACCCCAUGGAGUUCAAUCUGAACAUGUUUGACAAUCAAAAGCCAGUAUCUUCUGAGCCCAGUGCAAUGAACAAUGCAAGUGAAUCCCGGCCAGAUAGCAGGAACUUACCUGGCAGACAAGUGCAUUCGCAACCUGCCUAUAUAAGCCAAAGUGAUAUGGUUCAGGUGUCAGAUCCGUCCCAUGAUUUGCACAGCAAAAGUGGUAGCUACACCCAAUCAGAUAUAGACCACUCAGCACGCUAUGGUGUAUCCCAGGCUCAGACCAUGCAUGUUCAGCAGCAGGGACAGGCCAUGAAGAGGAUGGCAAGCACACCAAGCCAGAGCAACCCUGCCAAGCGUGCCAACCUGCACCCGAAUCACCAUGGACUCUCUCACAUGCCAGUGCAAGACCAGCGCCCGCCGAACAUGUCGCUGGAUGCACAUCACACGGCCAGCAAUGUAGACACACGAACCUCGGCCCAUCAAAUGCACCAACCCAUGGUCUCCUCCUCACAUGCUAACACCAUGCGCAGGACAACGCAAAGUGAAAGAACGUUAACGAGCUCUGUGCAGUCACAGCGCCAGUCAUUUGAGACUUCCCAGAGUGGUUCCAGGUUCCCCGAGGGAUCAUCCAAGGGGCGGAAACGCAGUCAAAACUCUGAACAAUUUUUUCACGGGCUAAGUCAGGGGCAGGGUAUGGACAAUUCCCUGAGACACAGAGACAGCAGCGGACAGGAUCAAACAAAUUGGCCGGGAUUCUCUUCACAGCGCUCCAGUGAUUCUUCAGAACCAUUCCUCCCACUGUUCUCCUCCAGCAGCAUGACACCAAGCCAAAACACACCAGCGUCAACCACCUCCAAUGCCUCUAUCGUGUCCAGUUUGUCGCCUUCAACGUCCCGUCGGUUACGCGGGAACGAACUGCCGACUUACCUGCCCCACCUACCAGGGCCCAUUCUGCCCAGCCCCUCACAGUCCAACAAACCUCACCAAAACCGCAACGACUCUGAAAUUGGCCCUCCGUUCAAUGCCAUGUUCGGGCCAGGCAGGCCAGGCAGCCUUCCCAUGAAUGUUGGACCGAACUUUCCCGGCUUCAGCGAACACCAGCCCCCGAGCUUCAGCAAGACGGCACAGAUCAGCAGCGGGGUGAACGUCCCGCCCCCGCCCUUCAACUUCAACCUCUUCAAUGACCAGCAUUCGCAGCCGGGCCACUGCAACGAUCCGCCUCUGGGAUUGCCACCUAUGCAUCUCCAUGGUAACCCAGCCAUCCAGAUGGAUGAUGGAAUGGCCUCGUUAAGAGGUAAUGUUGGAUCCAGACACCCGCAAUCAUUUGGUAACAACAUGCGUCUGGAUAGUCUGUUAUCACAGGGUGCUUCUCCAGACGGUCGACCGUUUAAGGUUGGCAUGCCAAUGGGACCACACUUUCAUUCAACCUUUGGUCCCUUUUAAUUACCACCAUGAACGGCAAAAGAACAACCAACCAUGCCUCCAAAUAUCAGGGACUUUAAUAGCCUGAGAAUUAAAAACCUUAACCUGUGCCAUUGACAAGCUUAAUUUUGAUCCAAGGCCUGCCCCAAUUACAGUUCACAGCAUUUAUAAACAUUGGGUCAGAAAACUCAGUGGAAGUGGUCAAAACUCCUUCAGGACUGUCCACACCAUACAUGUACAUGUACUUCUCUGAAUUUUCAAAACGUGAAAAUACAGGAUGAUACACACAAAAACAAGGCUUGGGGUAACGUCUUGAGAUUUCACAACUUGGUAAUUUUUCCAUUAAAAAUAGUUUUUAUGUUAUUUUUUAACAAACUAUUUGGUCCAGCAUUAAUCGGAAAUACCCCCUUUUUUUGUUUGGCCUAAUGAAUCUUGUGAAGACAUUUCAUGCUUUGAUUAUUCAGAAUCUCCGGGGGUUUUUCUUUUGCCGUUCAAUCCAAAUCUACGCAUCAGUGACGUUUUAUUUGUCCACAGAUCUCAGGUUGAUAGCGCCAUGCUGGCUUUAGCCAGACAAAAACUGGCUUUCUUAUAAAGCAGCUAGUUGGACAGCUAAGAGUAUGACAAGCAUUGGACAUCCAAUUUCGGCUAACACACUUAAAUAGCUCCACAAUGUUUGUCCUAUUAUGUUGCUGUAUGAACAAAGAAGGGGCAAUUUGUUUUCAAUCCUUCUGUUUUCCUAGACCUCCCCUUCCCCCACUCAAAAAAAUGUACACCACGGUUGGUGCAGAGAAGAAGAGGCGUUAACAACAAGCACAGUGUUGAGUGACUAAAUAGCAAAAGAAACCGUGUUUCUGAAGUCAGAAAGAGGAGUCAAGAUUAGCAUUUGCAGGUUGUCAUUCACAAAAUGAGAAUUUGUUUAAUGGACAUUUUGAACUUCACAGAAAUCCAUUGGUGCUGGAAAUCAUCACACAAGGAGUAGUAAAGCCUAUUAAAGUAAUAGUGGCUGGGCGUUGCCUUCCUCAAUCCUGCAAAAUCCUACAAAAUCUUAAAGGAUAUAAGAGGGUAGGGCUGACUUUUAAAAAGGCUUUUUGCUCAGCCAAUAGAAAACAAGUUGCAUAUUAUGUAGGGUCAUCUUUGAAAUACUUGUACAGUAAUAAGCCUACCCUUGUCAAGCAGGUUUCCCCUACAAUGUGAAUUUCUCCCACCGAAAAAGGAAAAAAAAACAUAGAUAAAGUAGCAAAGUCUACAUGUAGAUGUUUGCCGACUAUGCCAACCGGGCUCAGAAUAUUCAGGUAUUUCUGUGGUCUCUCAGUGUUCGGCUAAUUUUACUGAGGUUUUUGACAAAGGGAAAGAAGGGAAUUGAAAAGGUAUUGAAUGGAAACUCUGAUAACAUGUAGGCUACCAGAACAUGCACAUGGAAUGCCGAAAUAUUUCAUGUCCAAAUUCCAAGGUUGCUUGAGCACUUUGCAGGGGUGUGAAAAAUUCAGCUUUGGAGCUGAUUUUAGUUUUUUUUAUUUAGAUGUUAAUCCUCAAUUUCAGCUUUUUUGUGCACCUGUUGUGUACAAACGUAUGGGGACUGCUUACAUUUCAGCUUUUUGCUGGCUGUUUUCAGCUUUGAUUUUAAGUGGCCACUCACACCCCUGAUUUUGGGUGAGACAGAACUGACACAGUGGAUGGCGUUUUCACGUGUUCUUAGAAUUCUUGAGUAGACAUGCACGAAAAGGUGUCUGGGUACCCGUGUUUGUUUUAUAUGAUAUCCAGUACAAUGUGUGUACGUGUGCCCGUACUUGUACACGUCACAUCUCUUGGAUUUGAAUAUGCGGGUUGCACCGACCUGAACCAACCCUGAUACCACGUGUAGAUUCAAUGGGUUUGUAGAAUUUAAGCCUAUUGGGGGAUAGACUUGAGCCGUGCUGCGCACAGUGCUGCAUUUGCUGAGAUCAGUGACGAAGUUUGAUUGUCUGACUCUGAAUGAUGUGACAUAAUCAACUAGAUCAAGAAAACGAAAGCCAGAACUUUUUAUACUUGGAGAAUUGUGAAAAUUAUCAUGAGAACAUUGUGGAUUAAUGUGGAGAAUUUUAAAUAAACAUUUUUUGAAUCAUAUAAUUACCAAUAUUGCGUAAAACUGAUCUACAAAAAAAAUAAGUUUAUUUUUAAUUAGGUGUGCUUUUUUCCUUGUAAUUCAUAUCAUUUUAUCUUUAAAUGUCAUGUAAAUUCUUUUUAUAUGUCAAGAUAAUGACAUCGUCAUUAUCAAGCUGCCCUGCUUUUGACGUUAUUUUUUUAAAUCAUCUUUUAAAAAUGGUUACUCUUUAGCCAUUUGUAUAUAAUCAAAGGAUAAAGACGCGUUUUCAUCGUGUGUACCCCGAGUGCGCGCAAUUCAAAGACAAUCAUGUCUCCGUUUCGUUUCAUAUUUAUUUUUUUCUUUUUUAAGCAGUAUUGUUAAAUAUUGUGGAAAUGUUGACGGGGCAUAUCUAAAAUUUAUCUUCAAGAAUGUUGUAAAUACGGGAAAAUAAUUUAUACGUGUAAAAUUUUGAAUGACUGAAGACAGGCUAUGUACUUUAGUCUAAGUGUAAUACUUUUUGUGCCAAUUGGAUCAAAAGCUCUGUUCCGGAUUUUCUUCUAUCCCCCACCCCAAAAAGUCUCAAUUGGUCAACUGAACUGAGUUGCUUGAAUAUAAAUAUUUCAAGAGCUUAGAACUUUCUCUUCGGGCUGGCGCUCCAUCCAGAGAAAUUGCUCAGCAUAAUUUAUGUGCUUACAAUGCUGGGAAUCAGUGAUGAGCAAUGCGACAUUUUAGCGAUGCGAUGUGCGACAAUUUAGCUGGUUACCUGUUCUGUUGGUUAACUGUUUUCUUUGCUUUAGCCAAUACUUAUAACUGUGCCUACAUGUAGUGGACCAUGUGGUGUGCUGCGUGGGUCCUCAUAUGGGAAUGCUUAACCGAGUGGUACGGUCAACAGCAUGGAGUACAUGUACUACAUGCUAGAUCAUUUUAUGUCGAUUUGUUGUCAUUUCUGUUUAAUUUAAAAGCUCUCCUGAUGUCAGUAUUACCAUUUUCUUGGAAGGGUUUUCAACUUUGUUUCUGUUCUUCUGUCAUCCGAUAUUUUUCUUAUGAACUCUUGUUCCGUUUGUCUUACAUACCAAGUAUUACAAGUUAUUUACUACAACGUGACCUACAUGUACAUCCAUAUCUGUUUAAACCAAGAGCUUGGUCUUUGCUCUUGAAAUACAUGUACGUGUACAGAGACUCAUGCUGACAAGGGAUGUAGCCGUAGCUCUUGAAGGCCGUUUUGGACACAGCUUCUUAAAGUCUGUCGAUCCUUAGCGUGUCUGAAGAAGCUUGAGCCACAAAAGCUGUUAUUUUUCCUCUUUAAUUUUAGAUACUUCCGGUGUCAUCUCCUCAGUAUGUAGAUAUUUGUACAUUUUGUUACAUUACUGUAUAUCUUCGGUUUCCUGUUAUCGGAUCUCAGUUGACCAUUUCUUAGCCAAGACCACCACCAGACCAGUCAAAAUACCAAUCACCGGACAAAUGAUCAAGACUGGUCACCGCUCCAGCCACAAGUAACGGGGUGAACAGUGACAAGAAAAUGCAUCAAUUUGUUGCAGUUCAUAUGAAUAGUUUGUGAAUUGAACGCAGACUGGGAGGGCUUUCGUCGGUCGUGUGAAUAUUUUCAAGGGUUCUCACCACUGCCAUUGAAUUGUCAACCACAAUCUGUGCUUUAGAACGUUCUGAGUUUGCGGCCGUGAUUAUCAGUGCCGUGUUCCCACUGUCGUAAAUCCACAGCCAAUGGCAUAAAAUCUUAAAAUUUGGAACAGCUCCCUUGUCGUUUUUUGUUUUGUUUCGUUUAUCCAGAUCUACUUUACCUCUCCUUUUUAGUGGAACGGACGGUUGAGUCCGUGGCAUGAAUGAAAGGGAAGUUUGUUACCUGGCAACAACUUUCCUUAGUUACAUACAGCAUGCACGCUAGCUAGUAAACAGGUUUCGAGUCGGCAACAACAAACUUGAAUACAACCUAAACUAAAUCUAAACCCAUUUUGACUCUGGUAUGCUUUUCCAUUUUUCUGUGGCGACAUUUCAUGUAAACCAAAACUCGAUCAGAACCGAAAUGCGUAUUCAUUUUAUGCAUAAUCCUUGUGUGUACUUUGGCCACGCAUGCAUAUGAAUAUUCAGAAGUUGAUGCAUACUCAGUUCAUGGUGCAUUGUUAUAUGUUAGACGUCCUGUAAUUACUUUUAUGUGCAUUAUUGAUAGUACAUGUACAAGUAUGUAUUUAGAGUUAGACUGAUGCCUGUUUUUAACUGUUCCAUAGCCUGUAACUGUAUUUUAAUACCUGACUGUUAUUCUACAUUGUAUAUUUUGUACAGAAUCCCUCUGGACGUCCAGGCUAUGUCAUAUUUUGUAUUGAAAUAAAAGUGUACAUUAUUAUGUACACAGGAAUGAAAAGGAA